AUGCGCUCCUCCACCACACUUGCCCACGCGCCGCCACACGCGCCGGCAGCAAGCGGGUGUGCAGAGAAAUUCCGGCGACGGAAAAACUCCAAAUCACAAAUCACCCUCCCGGCUACAGGUUCUACUCAACUAGGGGAGCACUUCAUUCAACUACGGCGAAGCCCAACCUCACCGGGAACUGGCUACAGGUUCUACUCAACUAGGGGAGCACUUCAUUCAGCUGUUUUCGAGUUUUCCGACGACGAAAGCUAUUGGGUCUUGACCAGGACGUCGAGGCGAAGCUUUUGGGACCAGUCUCAAGAGCUGCGGUGGCCGGAAGUGAUGGCAGCGUGGAGAAUUCUGUUCGGGUGA